ACGUGACCCGUUCUGUUCCCUACUCUCCUACCUCCCCGCCUGUCACCACCACACUUGUUUUGCCGUCUUCGUACACACCAACGUUUUUCUCUGCGCCUUCGCUUUCCUCAAUUGCCUCGCCUUUGCGCAGUCAAUUGCCACAUAGGCAUGGGCAAUAUGGAUGGUCAGAGGAAUCUUGUCUGUCUUCUGUUCCCUCUCGGUCGCCGGCACAAGUUCGUCGACGUAUGCGGUUCGUCUCUCGAAUCCUAGCUGUCGCCUGCUGCCUCUCUCUCUUCAUCACAGUUACAGCUUUUCUGUGGGGAGGUUGGCCAGCGAAGGCUGUAGGAUUCCCAGACAUUUACUUGGGGGCUCUUACUAAGAAGGGCAGCUUUACUGGUCCGGAGAACUUGCGCUCUGUUCUUCGAUCCACGACAGCAGAAGCCACGUUAAAGCGCAUAAAGGCUUUUCGUCAGGAGUCUAUGGUUUCGCCGUCUAUGAAUAGCCGAUCUUUGCUGGAAAAGUGGUCACUCGACGCAUCCAAGGGUCUCCUGUACUACCGAAUGGUCGUGUUCUUCGUUCUCGGGUUCCUUCUGGAUGCAUGGGGAGCGUGGACGAAGGUACGCCUGAUACGACAAUUUCUCAAACUUCGGGAUUUGAUUAUACCGGGACUCAUCUUCACAGUCGCCAUGAGCUACGCGGCUAUUCACCUCCAAGGAUUCCCCUCAUGCAAUGCCAAGGACAGGCACUGGGUUGACUUUCGUGCAGAAGAGCUCGCAGGAAACGUGAACACAAGUACCCACGACAAGAUAAAUACUCCUCCCCUUCUUUAUUCUGUCUAUAUUCCUAUGCGUGACGGGGUCGAACUCGCAGCAGAUGUCUAUCUUCCGAAGCCCUACUACGAGACAGCGGAACAACUUGCAGCGGGCCAUCACAGAAUUGAACUCUUAGAGGCGGCAUUAAGAAAAACAAAGAAACGGCUCGAGACCCUUCAAUUUCAAGAAUCGCAUAGUGGCGACAAGGGAGAGGCGCCUCUCUUUUCAGAUCGUAUCGUUGGACGGGAGCCAAAAAAGACAAUUUUCAAACGAUAUCAGGAAAUCCGGAAUCUAAUUCAUUUCCAGACACAUGUUGAAAAACGGAUAAAAGAUGAGCAAGAAGAGUACAACACCGUUCUCGCCUCAGUGAAGAAGCUUCCCACCUAUCUAGACAUCACCAGAUACAACCGAAGAACGCAGGUGUAUUGGCCCCUGUCGAUGCUACGCAUGUGGAAAAAUCCGAGAGGAGCCACUGUGAAUCUGUGGAGUUUUCCAGCUCAGCAGGCAUUCACAGCGAACGGAUACGCUGUAGUCGUCGUCGAUUCGAGAGGAACAGGAGCUUCGUUUGGUGAGCGUUACGUGGAUUUAAGUGAAGUAGAGAUUCAGGACUUCUCUGAAAUUGUGGCUUGGGUAAAGGCGCAGUGGUUUUCGAACGGAAAAGUUGGGGGAGGCGGUAUUUCCUACGACGGCAUGACGGGCCUGAGCACCGCAGCCGCUGGCGGGGUGGACGCCGUUCUCUCGUUGUUCACGCCGAUGCACGUAUUUGGCGACUUGCUUGUCCCCGGAGGUUUCGUCUGUUCGUCGUUCCUCAAAGACUACGCGGGCAUGACCUACGGCUUCGAGCGGGCGGGCACCCCGCUCGCUCACAUGCUGAACAACCCUUGGAAAUACCCGCUCCACGUUCUCCUUGGCUUUUCAGUCGCUUUUGGCCCCGGCAGUGGGGUGUUUGGCAGAGAGGGGGACCUGGCACGCGCCAUAAUGGGUCACAAGAAAAACUGGGACAUGGGACACACAGUGCAGAUGGUCGAAUACUACGACGAUGUAGUGACUCUCCACAACAACGAAACGGCGAGCGCCGCAGAGUUCGGAAUCCACGAAGCGGUCAUGAGGAAGCUUGCAGAGAGAAAUGUCAGUGUGUAUGCUGUUGGCGGCUACUGCGAUUCUGCCAGUGUACGGGGUGCUUCGCGUUUGUACGAGUACAUGAAGCGAAAUGCCCCAGAAUCAAGGUCGAAAUUGCUUCUCGGCAGCUGGAGCCACGGAGGAAGGAGAUCCUGCAGCCCCUACGCAGGCAGCUUCCCUUGUUUUGAGGCUGACCAAUAUCUAGACGCAGUCCGUUUCUUCGAUUGCCAUCUUAAAGGACAGUGCUGGGGCAACAUAAAUGACGAGCCGUCAGUCCACUACUGGCAGGUUGGUAGCGAGGAGUGGCGUACGUCAGAGUACUACCCGCCUGCGAGACACAUGAGAUACGUCGACUUUCACUUGAGCAACGAGAAGUUUGUGAAUCUGAAUAAUCUCGAAUGCAAGCGAACAACACCGGAGCCAUCUGUCCUAGUUCUCGGCCAGCCCGUGAAUGUCUGUGUGUCUCCUCAUCUUUCUUCCCUCUCUAUUGGCGGCGACGGAGCCCUCAAAUGCCCACUACCCACAUCGCCUUUCACGGUGAGAGUUCCUGAGCGUCGUGAUGUCGGCAGUAAAAACAGACCCAAAAGAAACACACACAAAGAUUGCAAGAAGAGAAAGGAACACAGUUCUGUCCCUUCCGGAAAUGCGAACCCGCCACGAGGCCCACGCACUUCCUCCAGUUCCGCAUCUUCGAGUCCAACGCUCUCUGCCUCAUCUGCGCCUUCACCGUCUUCCUCAUCCCAUCGUUUUCCUGACGACACACGAGCAGCAAUGGGAGGGGCGUCUUCGCCUUUUAGUUUGCCUGUGCUUCUACCCGUGACUUUCGACUUGCGGCUGUCUACCUUUGAGCACCGCCUCCACGACAUCGUCCAAAGUAUUACGCUGUACGGCCACCAACUGCAGACCCACGUCGAGUUGUUGCUGCGGCAGGCGCGGGAGCACCCUUUUCCCCCUGACAACGAGCAGACAAGCGAAGAACACCAACCGCUGACAAUUUCCAACAUCAUUCGCGUCGCACUUGCUGCUGUCGAGGACGGGUGGGGAGAGACUGAUGGUACAACGCCCCAAGGAUCUGCUUUGCGCUCGCCUGCUGCGCCGGGACAGCCUUCUGGUCUGCAGAAGCGCAGCAGUCUAGACAAGAAACCGAUCGUCGGGAGACUUAAAGACUCGUUUGCGAUCCUCGAAGCCGACCCUGAUGCUUACAGCAUGCGCCUCGACGCGCAACGCACUGUGGAAGCUACACGUUCGCCCGAGGCUUACGUGCGUCCCUCGCUUGCCAGAGAAAUCCCAAUGAGUGUCGACGACGAGCCGCACACUCUCAGCAUGAGAAAACCGCGACUUACUCUGGCUAAGCGGCUGCUCCUCAAAAAGUUUCCCUCCAAGCUGUCACCUCGACUACACUAUGACGUGGAGUAUUUUUCUACGACCGGAGUGUUCAGUCGGUGGGUGAUUGCACAGCACCCCUUCCGACAAGCAGUUCACUACGGUAACCGUCUCUUUGCUCGGCGAACACGACCGGACUUUCCCAUCAAUUUGUCACCCCUCCCAGGCGCUGAGGGCGAGUCGUUCCACCCGUCGCCAUUCUACCUCGACUCAGUGCAUGCGAGACUCCUCUCCUGGACCUCUGGAGUCCUCGUGGAAGAGGUGGAUGUCGUGGGCAGUGCUUGGAUUCACCUCCAAAUGUUUGUGAAGAGUUGCACAGACAUCGCCGUCUUCGUCUACCUCGAAGCGGUGGAUGUCAACGGAGGUUACUCACACUACGUGACGGAAGGGAAAAUUGUAGUGUCUCAUCGACCGGUUACAGUUAAAGAGGAGUCACCGAUUGGUUCGCCAGAUACUGUCUUCCGGCCCUUCACAAAAUCUUCAAGAAUCCCUCUCAACUCUUCGGGAGAACUGAUCGAGUUUACCAUGCCUCUGGAGCCAGUAAGUUGGACGUUCAAGAAAGGCCAGGCAAUCCGUCUUUCCCUCGGAGGAAGCGACGUGGACAACUUCCAGCCUGCGGUUCAAAAUCGGAUGAUUCUUCCUCGACAGUGGACAGUCGUCACCGCCAACGCCAAGCUGCGGCUACCCGUCCACCAACAUGCUGAGGCUAAUUAGAGAAAGGGAUACUUGUAAAUGCAUCUGUAAAUGUGUAGAGAUAUACGUUCUCGGGCCCGAUGGGUAAAGCGUGAAGAUAAACGAGGACUGUCGUGUUACUGCUGAUUCUAAGCUUAUGUGGCCCACACAUGACUGGUGAAAGAGCAAGGAGGGUGUUCGUACAUAUUCAUGUAUAUACAUUCAAAUACAUACAUAUGAAAAGCAUGUGUUGAAAAAUAUAUGGCGCAAAGCUUUAAAGAGCGUGAGGUCAUGUGUAUGAGGUCAUCGGUUGUAGCUGACUGUGUAUCAAAUGCCGUCUAGUAACGCGAAACAACUGAACCGUAAGCAGUCGCAUGCA